AUGGUGGCACCCCGAGCUCUGCGGAGCUGUACAAUCAGUUCCUUCCGACCAUCAAGAUGUCUCAACCGCACAGCCUCCCGCCCUUUUUGCACAACCCACUUGCGCCGGGAGCAGCAACGAACUCCAACGGCACAUCGCGAAACACACUUUGGCUACGAGACGGUGACGGAGAGCGAGAAACAAGAUCGCGUCGCAGGCGUCUUUUCCAGCGUCGCCGAGUCGUACGACAAGAUGAACGACUUCAUGUCCCUGGGCAUUCACAGGCUAUGGAAGGACCAUUUCGUCUCCUCCCUCAACCCGGGAGCAACCACACCCCUCGGCAAGCCCCAGAGAAUGCUCGACGUAGCCGGCGGCACGGGCGACAUCGCCUUCCGCAUGCUCCAACACGCACACGUCGACAACGCAAACCCAAACAUCCACAUCACCAUAUCCGACAUCAACCCGGACAUGCUGGCCGUCGGCAAGCAGCGCUCCCUCGACCUCCCCGCCUCCUACCAGUCCAACCUCUCCUUCCUCGAGGCCAACGCCGAGGUGCUCCCGGCCCAAAUCAAAGACAACUCUCUCGACCUGUACACCGUCUCCUUCGGCAUCCGGAACUUCUCCAACAUCCCCGCUGCACUGAGGGAAGCCCAUAGGGUCCUCAAACCAGGCGGUGUCUUUGCCUGUCUGGAAUUCUCAAAGGUGGACAAGUAUCCUCUCCUGAAUGCCAUCUAUAAACGGUGGUCGUUCAGUGCCAUCCCCUUGAUUGGCCAGCUAGUCGCCGCUGACAGAGACAGCUAUCAGUAUUUGGUGGAGAGCAUUGACAGAUUUCCCAGCCAGGAGGCUUUUAGGGACAUGAUUGUUGAUGCCGGGUUUGCCGUGUCGGGCGAUGGCUAUGAAAACUUGACCGGUGGCAUUGCGGCCAUUCACAAGGGGAUCAAGCCGUUGUAA